UGAUAAAAUGCCGUACUACAUAAAAACGUAAAAGCGAUAACGGAGUGCCGCGUGCUUUGCAGUCAGGCCACUUAUCAUGGACGGCUCCGCGCCAGUCUCUUUUUCCAAAUAUUUACCAGAGACAGGGAUUUUGAAAAUUUAUAUUAAAUUUCUCACAGAAUACAUCUAUUUCCUCAGUGACUAAACUCGCUGAUCGGGGAAUAAUACUUCUAUACAUACACACCAAAUAGAUUUUUUCAGAGAAGAAAAUGGAAAAUUAUACUUCGAGUGACUCUGACUCAGAUUCUGGAAACAAAACAUUGGAUCUCUCGUACUUGAUGCUGGAUACAGAAGUGAUAAAUGAACACUUAAUUUGCACAAAUUCUCCUGAAAAUAUAGAGACAAUGCUUCUUCAUCAAAAUCGAUUGAGCAUAAUUCCCUUCACUAUAGUCAGAUUCGUGAAUCUGACAACUUUAGACGUGUCAAAUUGCGGUCUGAACCAGUUACCAGAUUUUCUAGGCGAUCUCCCCAUUACUUGCCUUGUCGCCAAAAAUAAUAAUUUGACAAAUGAUUACUUGCUUAAGAGCUUUGAAAAUCUGCCAGGCUUAAGGGAAUUAAAUCUGAGCGGAAACAGACUCACAGAAUUUCCUGAACAGGUUCUGGAUCUCAUGGAAUUAAAAUAUUUGUAUUUGGGCGGAAACUCCAUUUCAGAAAUCACUAAGGAUGUUUGGAAGUUGCAACGAUUGCAAGUACUAUCUAUGGGAGGCAAUAGGCUAGCAGAAGUCCCAUCUACUUUGGGCAGGUGUACAUCACUGCAAGCUCUAGUUCUUUGUGAUAAUAUUCUCGAAAGUCUUCCCAGUUCUAUAGCCAAUCUGAAGAAUUUAAAAUCAUUAUUUCUUCACAAAAACAGAUUGAGGACACUUCCAACGGAAAUUAUCACCCUCAAAUGUCUCACAGAGCUGUCUCUAAGAGAUAAUCCACUAGUCGUGAGAUUUGUGUCUGAUAUGACACACGAUCCUCCUUCAUUACUAGAACUUGCAGCUAGAGUUGUCAAAUCUAAUGACAUUGCUUAUGAUGGAGAAAAUAUACCAAGAAAUUUGAUAGAAUAUUUAAAUAGUGGCCAUCGAUGCGUUAACGUUAAUUGUCAAGGUAUAUUUUUCGAUAACAGAGUGGAGCAUGUAAAAUUUGUAGAUUUUUGUGGCAAAUAUCGCUUGCCUUUAUUGCAAUAUCUCUGCAGUAGUAAAUGCAUUGGCCCACGUGAUGGCGAAGAAGAAAUGGUUAGCGGCGCUAUGAUCAGAAAAGUUCUUCUUGGUUGAAAAACGAUAUUCUGAUUAAUGGACAUUAGACACCAAUGCAAGAAAAUCAUUGAUCUCCAUAAAUUUUAUUUCUUGGGGUUUGACAAGAGAUUACAAUCUAAAUUUCCUCCAUGGAUUACGCACCCCAAAGCAACACAUAAUCAGGCAUUUCAAUUCUCAAGUUAGCGAAUUCUCUAGAAAAAAAAUAGACACAUGUAUUAAAUCCAAAUGUAUCUUUUUGUAAUUCGUGUAGCUAUUUUUCGUUAACGAUUAUUUUAACAAUUUAUUUUUAUUAUUGUCUGUUAUUUUAUCACGCCCCCUGGUAUGUUUAAGAAAUGUAUUAAUAAUUGAUAAAAGUGCAUUACGCAUACUUUAUCAGAAGUGUUGUAGUGGCGUUUAAAACUGUAAUAUUUUGUUCGCAUAAAUGCUAGAUUUAAAAAAAAA